AUGGAGCAAGUUGAACAGCACAAUCGGCCGCCGACUGAUUCGGGUACUUGUCAUCUUCACAUCUCACCUGGCAUCAAUUAUCACCAUCAUGUCAUCACCCGAAUUUCUCACCCGUCUCGAGGGACGGUCACCCUCAUCCCGUCACCAGAAUCGCCGUUGCAUGCUGGCCCUAAGACAUGGGAAAUUGCUAGCAAGGUACACGAGCGCGUUAAUAUUGUGAACCAGCAAGAUGUCAGCAAUGGCCUUGGCCCAUACGUGGCUGGGAAGUUUAUGUGUCACCCUGCUGGCCCUAACAGCCCAGAUAUACUCGCAUUUAUGCGAAUGUAUAAGCAGCUACCUAUUGCGGGCACACAAUUUGAGAAGGCUCCAAUCCGGGCCACGCAGGCCGUCAAGUUGUAUGAGCCUGCAGAACUAACCGCUCUCAAAUCCCUUGAAGAGAAGGGUUGCGAUGUUACCCCUCCGCUCCUUGCAUAUCAGUUUAACCAACAAGAGGAAGACGAUAUCGUUCCCGGGGGGUUCUGGGGUUUCUCGAUUUCCCAGCGAGAGGAGAUCCGACUGAAGUUUCGCGAGGUCUACCAGCUGUUCGGCGAGCUCUUUGUCCUGAUCAACGCAGGAUAUCUAAACGACAUCACUCCUAUCACCACUUUCCCAUUCGAUAAUGUCAUUGGGGCUCUAUCGCACAUCCGAACUGGAUGUCAUAUUGGCAAGAUCGUCAUCUCCCUUGGUGAAAAUGACGACGUGCAAAAAUAG